AGAAGGCAUGCACAGCUCAGCACUGCUCUGUUGCCUAGUCCUCCUGACUGGGGUGAGGGCCAGCCCAGGCCAGGGCACCCAGUCUGAGAACAGCUGCACCCGCUUCCCAGGCAACCUGCCUCACAUGCUUCGAGACCUCCGAGAUGCCUUCAGCAGAGUGAAGACUUUCUUUCAAAUGAAGGAUCAGCUGGACAACAUAUUGUUAAAGGAGUCCUUGCUGGAGGACUUUAAGGGUUACCUGGGUUGCCAAGCCUUGUCUGAGAUGAUCCAGUUUUACCUGGAGGAGGUGAUGCCCCAAGCUGAGAACCACGACCCAGACAUCAAGGAGCAUGUGAACUCCCUGGGGGAGAAUCUGAAGACCCUCAGGCUGAGGCUGCGGCGCUGUCAUCGAUUUCUUCCCUGUGAAAACAAGAGCAAGGCCGUGGAGCAGGUGAAGAAUGCCUUUAGUAAGCUCCAAGAGAAAGGCGUCUACAAAGCCAUGAGUGAGUUUGACAUCUUCAUCAACUACAUAGAAGCCUACAUGACAAUGAAGAUACAAAACUGAGACAUCAGGGUGGCGACUCUAUAGACUCUAGGACAUAAAUUAGAGGUCUCCAAAAUCAGAUCCAGGGUUCUGGGAUACCUGACCCAGCCCCUUGGGAAA